GCGUGUUUUUUUCUAGGUCUCUCUUUCCUGGACGCCUUUGGCUAAAUUGAUUGAUUUUUAUUUCUUUUAUUUUUGGUUAGUUGAGUGACAGCUGUGUUAGAGCAUAGUGUGUCGCUGUUAUUCCAGAGGGCAGUGCCUUGGCACGAGCCGCUGAAGGCUGCGCAGCAGCAAGUCAGCCCAUCGGCCAGUGGGUCUGACAGAGCAACUCAGGCUGACCCUAGAGCCCUUUCCAGCAGGGCUUUGAAUUCUGGCUUGGCGGGACGCUCCGCGCUCUGUUUCUAGCCAAAGAGCGGCUGGGCUGUCAGAGGAAGCCCGAACUCUUUGCAAGCCGCUGGACUGCUGUGAGUCUUUGCCAGUUGUGGACGGCUGGUUUUCGCCCCUCUAGUGAUCGGCUGACCAGGGGCCCGAUUCCCGAGCCUCUGCUCACUUGCGAGUACACUUGGAAGCCUCCGUGGCUGCAUAGGAGGCAGCCUUUGAUCCCAGCUGUUCGUCGGAUCGUGAAAAUGGCGGACGCGACUCCUGGGACCAGCAGCGGAGCUGCCUGGCAGAAGGAAGGUGAGCAGAGAGAGGCCCCCAGGAGGACUGCUGGCGUGGCAGAGACCUCAGGCUCGAGGUCUGCCAGCAGGAUGGCAGCCGCAAAGAUCUCCAAAAGAUCGCAGCGAGCAGCGAAGCCCUCAAAGGCUGCAGAAAAAGACGCAGCCAGACGUCAGAGGGCUUUAGAAAAGGAGAUUGCCAGGGCCUCUGACUCUGGGAGAGAUGUCCCUCAGGGCUUGGCGGCAAGUGCUUCCCGCCAUUUUUAGGAGCGACAGUUGGUUACUGAGGACUUUGACAGCAGGUUUAUGCAGCCUUUGUCGCCAGAUGGUGCUGCUGAGCAGUCUUUAAUCAGCAAUCUGCCCAGCAUCAGAGCUCCAUCUAGUUCCCUCCCUGAUCUCUUUUCUGCCCCUGUGGCAUGGCAACUGCCUCCUAAACACAAGCCAUUGCCUGCUGGGAAUCCAGUGGCCCAGCCUUCUGUGCAGAUUCCCUCUGGGGAUAAUCAGCAAGGUCAAUUUCCACAUAAUAUGGAAACCAUUAUUUCUGAAGCAAUAGAGAGGGGCAUAGCUGCGGGGCUGCAGCAUAGACACAGCCACAGCCGCAGGGAGGCUUCCCUUUGCUCUGAAGUUUCUCAGCCUGUAGAAGUGCCCCUUAAAGGGCAGCUAUUAGGUGACCUGACCCACUCUUGGGGUGCUUAUUCCCCUACUUCUUCAGAUGCCUCUGAUGUGCAGGAGGACAUGGAGGAGGAGCCUGAGCUCUCAGAGGAUGAGGAACUAUCCCCUGAUCAACCCUCAGUUGUUGGGCUCUUUCACCCUCAUUUGUUUAAGUCACUACUAUAUAAGACCUCCAGUACAGCUCGUCUGGCAGGUCAUUUGCCCUCAGUGAAUCCUCAGCACUGGUGUCUUCAGCGGUCCUAUCAGAUACCCUAGAGGAGGCCCUUUGGCCGAAGGACAGACGGGCGGAGCAGUCCAUCAAAAAGGUACAACAGUCGGCAGCGUGGGCCGUGAAGGCCUCAACAGCAGCGUCUUUCUUUAAUCGAGCCUUGUUGCUGUGGCUGAGGCAGCUUCAGGACAGGAUUCUGCUGACCGAUUUGCGAGCCCAUCAGGAUCUCAAUAAAUUGUCGGCCACCUUAGAGUUUUCAGCUGAUGCCAUCCUGGCUGCGGCAAGGUUUGCCUCAAAGGCCAUUGCUUCCUCUGUGGCCUUCAGGAGGCUCCUCUGGCUCCAUCACUGGCAGGCAGAUGCCAAGCAGAAGUGGCGACUGGCAUCUGCCCCUUUUUCGGGAAAGCAGCUGUUUGGUGACUCGCUGGAGCUGCUGCUCAUCGAGACCAAAGAAAAACAUAAGGUCCUUCCUUCCCUAGCACAAUGGACAGAUUUCCGACCAACUCCAUACCCUCUGAGCCAGUCCUUCCGGGGGCCUGAGGGGGGUGGUAGUUCCUUUCGGGUGCAGCUCCCGUUCCACCCUAGGCAAGGUCAACCCCAGGAUAGGGCUGGGAAGUUCAGGCAGUUGCCAUCUAGGCAGCUCUUUCAAGGGGGAGGGAGCCGUCCUUACCGAUGCCAACGUUAGUUGCCUCACGAACCCUCCCAUUGGGGGACGCCUGGCCUUAUUUGCUGGGUGUUGGGAGGGUAUCACGACAGAUGCAUGGGUCUUGGAGAUGGUCUGCUCGGGCCUCUCCUUGGAGUUCCUCUCCACUCCCCCGAGGUUUUUCAUCUCUUGCCCGGUUUCGGGUAAUCCGGUUAAACGGAAUCUCAUGGAAACUGCUAUUCAGCACCUUGGACAUCCAUGCUGUUCAGCCAGUUCCUGAGUCUGAGCACAGGAUGGGAUAUUAUUCCAUCCUCUUUAUGAUUCCAAAAGCUCGGGGGAGGGGGGUAUAGAGUUAUUCUGGACCUCAAAAGACUGAACCGCUACAUCACUACAAGCGGUUCAAGAUGCAUUCCCUUAAAUCCAUCUUAGACGGCGUCAGGGAGAGCGACUUCCUCACUUCAAUCGAUCUGACCAAGGCUUACUUGCACAUCCCCAUUUUGCCAUGUCACAGGAAGUAUCUUCAGUUCUGUUACUCAGGCCGACAUUAUGAGUAUAGGGCCUUGCCCUUUGGGCUGUCGUCAGUGCCAAGGGUUUUCACAAAAGUGUUGGCACCUUUAGCUGCCCAUCUGUGAGCUUGUCCCGUGCUUGUCCCGUGCUAUCUGGAUGACAUUCUUAUACAAUCCUCUUCUCACGAGCAAGCAUGUGUCGAUCUUAAGGUCACCAUGCGAGUGCUUCAGGAGCACGGGUUUUCUGUUAAUCUAAAAAGGAGUGAUUUAACUCCUACCACUCGACUUCUUCAUCUGGGGGCAGAGAUUGAUACUAUUGAGUGCAGGGUGUAUCUGUCCCAGGAGCGUCAAGCGAGCUUGGUGGACCUGGUCCUCCUCGUGUCUAGGGCACAUGUUGUGCCCUUGGCUACGCUGUCGAAGCUUCUGGGCAAGAUGGUGUUCUGCAUUUCAAUUGUACCAUGGGCACGGUUACACGCUAGGCCUCUUCAGUGGUUUCUCCUCCCUUAUCAGAGGGCAGGCACUGGUUCAUCCCUCUACAAAGUUAGUGUGCCCCCUAAGGUGUUUUAUGUUCCCUAGAAUGGUGGGUCUCCCAGGCGAUUACCAAGAGUUGCACGUUUCGAGACCCGGAGAGGCUGACAGUGACAACCAAUGCCAGUCUUUAUGGCUGGGGAGCCCACCUACGGGAGAGGGUGGCCCAGGGCAGGUGGUCCCAGCCAGAGUUGGCCCAUAAUAUUAAUUGGUUAGAACUUAGGGCGGUCCAUCUGGCCCUUCAGGAGUUCCAGGAUCUGGUGGUUGGUAGGCCUAUUCUAGUUCUCAUGGACAAUGUGGCCGCCAAAGCCCACAUUAACAGGCAAGGUGGCACUCAGUCCAGGAUCCUUAUGGACGAGGCUGAGCGGCUCUGUCUCUGGGCAGAGUAGCUCCAGAUCUCCUUACGAGCAGAGCACAUUGCAGGAACGGCCAAUGUUCAGGCAGGGCUUAGCAGGGCCACCAUUGACCACGCAGAGAGGUGUCUGCAUCCGGAUUUGUUUCAGGAGCUGAUGGAGCGUUUCAGUCGACCGAAAGUGGACCUCUUCGCCUCCCCGGACAACGCUCACCUGGACAGAUUCAAGGUUUGCAGUUCCGGGAGCAGAGAGUAUUGGCGUGCUUCGCAGCCCUUGGCCGGCAGAGCUGCUCUACGCCUUCCCAACGCUGCCCCUCCUACAGAAGGUGGUAAGGAAGAUUCUUGCAGAGUGGGCAGAGGUGAUCCUGGUCACUCCACACUGGCCUUGACGGCCUUGGUUUGCCGACUUGGUGGCACUUUCAGUGGCCAGACCUUGGAGGAUACCGCCGGACAGAGUUUUCCUCACCCAGGGGUCAUUGGUCCACCCGGAUCCUCAGUGGCUCCAAUUGACCGCCUGGCAUUUGAGCGGCGGGCUCUGAGCCGGGACAACUAUCCCUCUGAGGUCAUUGACACCAUCCAAGCCUCCUGGAGGGCUUCAACCAACAGAAUUUACGAUGCCACUUGGCGUGCCUUCUGCUCUUGGUGUAAUAAGUCGGGACUUGACCCAACUCAGGUGGCGGCGCUGUUUUCUGUCUUCUCCUGUAGGGGGCUGGAUUCUUUGGCUCGUCACAAGAACAUUCGGAGGUUUCUUAAGGGCGCGGUGAAUCUCCGGCCUCCAGUGGUGCACCGAUUCCCGACCUGGGACCUUGUCAAGGUGCUACAGACUCUGAUGGAGGACCCCUUUGAGCCCCUGCGAGACACCCCUUUGAGAUAUCUGUCAUUCAAAGUGUCAUUUCUGGUCGCCAUAACCUCUGCCAGAAGAAUCUCAGAACUGGCAUCUCUAUCUGUCCGACCAGGUUUGUGUGUCUUUCAUACCAACCGGGUGGUGUUAUGUUUGGACCCUUCCUUUCUACCAAAGGUUAAUUCAUGGUUUCACAGGGCCCAGGAGCUGGUACUCCCUAACUUUUGUCCCAAUCCGGUGCAUGCACUGGAACCAAAGUGGCACACAUUAGACGUGCGGAGGGCACUCCGGAUUUAUAUAAAGCGGACUUCUUCAUUCCGAAAGAUGGAGUCUUUUUUUGUUUCAUUUCAACUGGCCUCCUUGGGGCCAAGAUCAUCCUUUGACCCUGGGCCGUUGGAUUUGGGUGUGUAUUGCCAAAUCUUAUGAGAUAUAGGCCCUUCCACUGCCCAAGAGGAUUACAGCACACUCCACCCGGAGUGCGGCAACAAGUGCAGCAUGGGCCACUCAGGCCUCUCUGGAGGAGGUUUGUCUGCUAUCUGGUCCUCCCUGUCCCCCUUUAUCAGGCACUAUAAAGUUGAUGCCUAUACCUCUGCAGAGGCGGCCUUUGGGAGGCGGGUCCUCCAGUGGGUGCACACUGAUAGGGGGACCUAGGGCCGGGCUCCUGCCCACCCGUAAGGACAGCACUGCUUUGGUAUGUCCCUUUCCUGGAUGCUGCCACCACUACAAUGGAGAAGGAACAUUGGUCUUACUUGAUACGAUCCUUCUCGUUGAGUGGUGACAGCAUCCAGCCCCACCCUGUUUCGGAGCUGGCCCUGGUCCGCUGGUUGGUGGUUGGCUCUGUUGUUUGUUUGUUUUUUAACUGUUUCUUACUUGUUUCUGAGUCAACACACGUCAAGACUGUCGCUAUUCCUUCGACAAAGCUGGGGACCGUUGGUGGAGGCAUGUCCUCGCAACUUGACAGUCUCAGUCCCAUUCGCUAGCGUACAAGGACAACCCUUUCCUGGAUGCUGCCACCACUCAACAAGAAGGAUCGUAGCAGGUAAGACCAACGUUCCAUCUCCUUUGUCUUGCUAGUAUUUAGAUGUAAGUUGUUUUUUGAACAGCAUAUGGAUCCACCUUCUGGACUUCUUCCCCUCCAGUUAUAAGCCCCAAUGCCGUUGUGUCAUCUGCAAACAUUAUUAUGACGUUAGAUGGAUUCAAGGAUAUGCAGUCAUAUGUGUACAGCGAGUACAGGAAGGGGCUGAGCAUGCAGCCCUGAGGGGAGCCUGUGCUGAGCUUCAGGGUGGAAGAUGUCAGAGACCCAACCCUUACUAUUUGUGCACAAUCCAUCAGGAAGUCUUUGACCCAGUCACAAAUGAGGAGAAGGAAAUUCAGGUCAAUCAGCUUUUCAAUGAGAAUUCCUGAUAAGAUGGUAUUAAAGGCCAAGCUAUAGUCUAUAAAUCAAAAAGUCCCUCUAUAUAGAGACUAUAAAGUCUCUCUCUUUGCUAUAUCAUCUCUUGAUCAUCAUGUCUGGCCCCCAAAAAGUUCAUUUUGGUCUUUUUAAUCCUUUAAUCCUAGGAAAGGUUUUGACUGUCUUUAGGCAGCUAUAGCUUGCUGAUGUUCACAUACCAUUUUUUACUUGAGUGAAAAA